UUCACUUCUGAGAAUUUUUUACUCCUGAAACCUUUUUCAUCGGGUUGCUUCGCUGCCUGAAGGAGCAGGAUGUAUACAGCUCUCGGAGGGCAGCUACCCUCGUGCCUUAGGGUGUCAGCUUAUGUCCGAUCACUGAGUUCUUAUAGAUUAAAACAUAUUAAAAACAAGUGAUUAUGUUUAAGAUGAUCAUGCUAGGUAAUUAGCAUGAUCAUCUGGAUUUUUUAUUCCCCCUAAGAGGAACAUACAGAAAUAGGCAUCCAUAGGACGUAUGAACUGAGCUUGAGGCUCAAUUUUCAAUGAAUGGUCAUAGGACCUGGUUUCUAAAAAUAUUGAAUUUUUUUAAUUAUUUUCCUUUUCAACCAAACACUACAAGAUAGAAUAUAGUAUGGAAAACGCUACUGGCAUUAAGCAAAGAGUCAAGCAGAGUUCAGAACGUAAUGCGCCUCUCGGCUCCCAACAGCAAUGGCGUUUUGCAUUGGCAUUAUUCGGGGAUAGCAUUUUGCAAUCGUGCAAUAAAAAAUCUAUAUCACUACAACUAGUACUAGGAUAGAUGUAGUCGUGAAUGCUCACCUCCUCGAGGCGAUCCAGCUCCUAUCCUAUCCUAGAUGUAACUUCUGUUGAAGGGAAUGUUAGAAAGCGAUCGUCGCAAGCUGAGCGCAUUUUUAGGGGGAAGCAAGUGUUGAUGUCCUCUAACAUGUGUUGAUAAUACUUUGUUGAUGAAAGAAGUCGUAAAAUAGGAAAUUGUUCUUGUUGAGUUGUACUAUGAGAAGUGAACCCAA